CAAUUUGAAUAACGACUUUAGUUGUGUUGUCAUAACGUGCAUGGAACGUUGCUGUUGAAUUCUUCGUCGAAAUCAAUUCACAGCAUGUCGCAUCUCCAACAACAAUAUAAAAAUCCACGCCAGGGAUUUGGCGAUACAGAUCACGGUAGAUUUUUACGUGCAUACAAGCGAGAAAAAUCGCGUAGGGAAACCAGAAUACAGGAUUUCGAUAAAAAUCGUAAAUUGCAGGAUAUAUCAGUGCCUACUAGUCCACAAUGUGUGGAGAAUAUACCCACAAUUACAGAUGAGCGUGCAAAAAAAUUAUUAAGAUGGAAAGAAGAACGUAACAGGAAAAAAAGAUUAGAAGAUGUUAAGAAAAAACCUGCAUUUAAAGUUGGCAUUGUUCAUCAUUCCUUUUAUUCUCCUGUAACUAAAUGUAAUACUAUAUCAGUUACAACUGUGAAAUCAUCCAAUCAAAUGAAACAUUCAAAUGACACUAAAAAACGAGUAACAAGAGCUACAGAAAAGAGAUUACUUGCUAAAGCAACUAAAGCUGCUGCCCAGAAAGCAACAGUCGCAAAGAAUGCAGUGUCAGUAAGCUUGACAAAACCUCUCGAUAUUAACAGGUCUACUAUGAAGAUAUCUGAUAUUAAGAUGAUUAAAUCAUUUGCUCCUAAUAGUCACAAAUUUAAACCACCAUCUGGACUAUCAAUGUUACCCUUAUUUGGUGCUGUAGCAAUAGAACAAACACCAUCAGAAAAAGGAGAUUUCUUUCAAAAUAAACCAAUAGAACUCAAGACACAAGAUACAAAUGAUAAGGAAGAUAUAUUAAAGAAAUUAGAGACCCAAAAUCUUGAUUGUAAUGCUGAUACUGCAACAACUCUCAAGAAUUCUGUAAAUUCAAGAUUGUUAUCAAAUAAACAAGAAUUAAAUGAAUCAACAUGUAAUUCAAGCACUGCUGUGUCUGAAUUGAAAAAGAAAAAAUCAUCACUUAGUGAACACAACAUCCAAGAAUCAUUUGAGAGAGAAAAAUCUUUACCAAACAAUAUCAAUAUGGAGACUCCAACACAGAAGACUUUUGUAACUGAUAAAUCUUCUUCUUCUGAAAAAGAAAACUGUAGCGAAGAUCUCAUUACCUUUUCACCAUAUCUCACACUAAGCCGUGGUAAAAAGAAUGCUAGGAAGGAACAAAUGUUACGACUUGGCAUUGGUCAUUCACCAUCUAAUGAAAUUCCAACCAAAGACACAGUGAUGAAAAACCUAAACAUAUCUGUUGAAGAAGAGGAACGCACUGCUCAAUACUUCAAAUUUCUUUUAAAUAAAGAAACAGACAGACUUAAAGAACUUUGUACAAAAUGGUUAAAUAUCCGACUUGAAAAGGAUGUUCCUGAAGAUGCUAUGUAUGAAAUAACCCAAGCAGUGGGACAGACCAAUUUAUUAAUAGAUAAAAAGUUUGAUAGAUUCCGUCGUCUGGUAUCGGAUUGCGAAACUGGUAUGGGACAGAUGUUGGUAACAUGUAAAGAUUUACAAGGAUUUUGGGACAUGACAUGUAUGGAAGUUAAAGAUUGCGACUUUCGUUUUAAAAAAUUGGAAGAACGUCGCAAAAGAGAGUGGCAGGAAGAGGAAGAGCAAUUAAUUAUUAUCAAACCUUCAAUGAAGAAACAAAUGACUACUAAAAAACAAAUUGUACCAUCAAAGCCAAGUUCAUUACGAUCAUUAAUCUUAGCUGCCAGACGAAAGAAGAUGGCAGAAACAUCCAGUGUGGAAGAUACGUUGCUGCAAAAUACAAGUACAAAUAAAGAUCAUCUUAUGUCUUCACCGAGUAUUAAAAAGUCUAUAGCCUUUAAAGAGUAUGCCAAUAAGACGCCUCGAUGUAAUACAAGGAAAUCUAAAUCAAUAGAUAAUGGUUUUAAAUCGACUCCGGCUAAACGCAAUAGCUUUAGAGGAAGUUUGACAAAGCUUGAAAAAGUGCAAUUUUCUGAUACAUUUAAAAGGAUAAAGAGUCCAUUGGCAGUUAUGAAAAUAAGUAAAAUGUGUAAGACACCCGAAGUUCAAUUAGAUGACACGAUAUCUUAUAUUAAUUCCAAUCAAACACCAGGCAAAAGUAUAUUAAAGAAAUCGGAAGAAGUGAUAAAUAAAGAGAUUCGCAUAAAGUCCACACAUAAAGUCAUUUUUGAUGAUCAAAUAGCCUUGACUGAAGUAUCUGAUGAUGAAGAAACACGAAAUAAAAGAAGUUUAGCUGCUGCAAUGAAUAGAAUCGACAGUCUCGAUUUGGAUGAUUUAAGCCCUACAGAGUGCAUUAAUGCUGGGAAAAGAUUAGAAUUUGAAACUGAAGACUUUGACAACUCAAAUAAUCAAGAUCUUGAAUUCUUGCUAUCUGAGGUACCAAAACAACUUAAAGAGAAAGAGAAUACAUCCAAAUUAUCAGUUUGUAAUAUCUCCGAUUCUAAUGUGGAUCCACUGAACGACAUAAUAUCUGCAAUAUCUUUUAAAGAAAUAUCACCAAAAGACAAUAUAAAAACUAAGUCACCUAGAAGAAGUUUAAGAUGUCAAUCUCGACGUAAAAAUACGAUAAAUAAUGACGUGGAAGUUUCAGUUAUAAAUAAUUUGUCUACAACAUCACUGCAAACUAACUUUGAAACAUCCAAUAUUUCUGAGACCACUAUUGAUACAGAAAAUAUUGAACCAGAACCUAAUUUGGAAAUAAGGGCACUUAGGAAUAGAAUCAUUACAACAAAUGAUACUCCAAAAAUUAAUAAGACGAACAAAAUGAUGACUCCAAAGAAGGAAAGUGGGAAUAAGAAGGAGAAUGAGAGUCCUGUAAAAUCAAGUAGGAAAAAGUCGUUAAAAUUAUCGCAAACGGAUAGGAACAACUGUACUCAACCAGAUAAAGAUGAUAUAAAGGUGAACAAGAAUACUUAUAAAAAGAGAAGAUCGUCCCGAAAAAGUGUUGCAUUUGAUGUUGAGGCAUGCAUUGAAAAUAAACCAGUGCUACCUAUGACUCCUCAUUUGAAACGAGGAACGCCAUCAAGACAAAGUCGAAGCAAAAAUACAUUUGAUGAAGAUAUGAUAUCACAGCAAACGCUAAAAUCUCUUAACAGAGUUACGAGAUCUCAUACAAAAAAUUAAAUCUAUCUAGUAACUUCUAUCACGACCAUUGUAGACUAAAUAACCGUAGUGAAAUAUGUUACAUUAUAUGCUUAUUUUAUAAUUUUAUACUAAACAUAUUAAAGAUCAUUUGUUUACUGUAGGUAUAA